GCAGACAUCUGCACCAACGGCUGGUCCUGUUCAGCAUCCGCUGGCGUCAGAUAUACAACAUGGUCGCCUUCCACAACUUUGUGCGAGGUACUGAAGUAGCUUCAUGGUGGGACAAUGGAAAGAACCAGAUAGCUUACUGCAGAGGCCAUAAAGGAUUCAUAGCUUUCAACGUGGAGAACUACCCUCUGAAUAAAAAGCUUCAGACCUGCCUCCCGAAAGGAUCUUACUGUGACAUAAUCUCCGGUAACCUGGAGGACGGUCGGUGCACAGGCAAGACCGUGGAGGUGGGGGAGGAUGGUACAGCCCUUAUCACGAUCGGAGAGUUCAAUCCCACUAACCCAGAUGAUGGCGUCCUAGCCAUAUACCUAAAGGUUUCAAAGGACAAACGUAGAAGACAAAUUGGACACUAAAGGAGAUUUUCUACAGUCCCAAAACUUUGGGGGUAAUUUUUUGGAACAGCUCUACACACACCCACCUCAGGUCUGAUUUACAAAGCGAUUAUUUAUAAUUGAUGUCUUUCUGACAAUAUGAUUAAUUAUUAAUUAUUUUAUUACAAUAAAAAGAACAUAAAACUGUGUUCAUAUUGAAAUUUUA